UACUUGAGGCCAGUAUUACCAAACUGGCCAGGUAUGAUGAGGGAAGUCUUUUGGCACCAAUUCUGUCAUUAACUUAUAACAAAGGAAUGUCGAGUAGUGGUCGAGAAGUAGGCAAAGCGUACGUGAAUUUUGUGCGAAACAGUACCGAACAGUUGCGACAAAGAGUGAGCGACGAGUUGUGGGUCAUUAACUUCUUCGAGCAAUGGUACUCAUCACAAAUGAAUCUUCUAUGCAAUUGGCUUUCAGAACGU